AUGUCUAUGGUCUCGGAGCAAGUGGCUUGGUAGAGGUGUUCUGUUCUGUGUUAUAUAGGUUAUAAGAGAAUAAAAAUAUUUAGAAGCAUUCCCAUGGAAAGAGAACAAUACCGAGGAAGUGGGUUACAGAGACAGUACUACUGCAAAGGAAUUUAGUUUUUUUAAUGUUAAACUCUUGAAUCAAAAUGAAUGAUUCGCUUGGUGAUUAUCUUCACUUUAUAUCUGAUGCUCCAACCGAUCGACUUCCAGACAAGCCUACUAAAGACAACAUAACCGCAACACUAUUAAAGAAAAAAGAAUGCGAGUCACGAGCUAUGAAACUGCUCGAGUUCCUCAUAGAAGGAAAAGUACGAUCCGAAGUCUUUCUGCGAUGUAUCAACUUUUUAAACCGUUCAUACUACCAAGAUGUUGUGGAAGAACGUAGCAUUAUGAAUUUGUGCGGAUAUUGUUUGUGUAAUAACACAAUUCCGAAAAUGACCGCGAAGAGAUUUAGCAUAGAUUCCAAGAAUAAUAAAGUCUAUGAUAUUACUAAUCGUAAGAAACAUUGCAGUAAUUUUUGUUACAAAGCUAGUUUGCAUAUUGAAAAACAAAUCGAUGAUAGUCCACUGUGGCUGCGUUCAUUUGAGGUUUUACCUACGUAUACUCUUCUACCCGUCACAGAUAAGGGCCUCCCAGGUGACGAUGUAAACUCAGACACGAAUAUUUUAGACAAAGAAGAGGUGCAGUUUGAUUCGUCCUAUUCAUUUGCAGAAGCUUCUCUACAUGAAAUGACUAACGCGGACGAGAAAGCAAAGCAAGAAGACAAUAAGAAGGCGCAUACACCUACAAAAGAACCGCCACCACAUUCUCAGACUUCUAGUGAUUAUGCACGUCAUGUUUUGAAACAGCCCCAGCCGAAGACUACAAAACGCAAUCGCUCAGCAACAUUAAAAAAGUACAUUCUAGAAUGGCUAUCGUUAGAUACAUACGUUUUCUUGUUCGGUCGGGAGCUUGUGCGCGAAAGAGCAUUGAAGCUAAACCUACCCAUACCGUCAUCAGAGGUACUAACACAAAGAAAACUUAACCAAUUAUGUCGAAAAUUGGAACUAGUGGACUGUCGUGACAAAGACAAGAUGACAUUUCAUCAGGAAUUAAAACCCGUUCCGACUUACAGUCAAUUAAAGAAAGAUAGCAAAGAUAUAAGUGUUAAGGUGCGCUCUUUUUAUAGUGGCGAAACUUACGAUGUCAGCAAGAGCGAAGAUGGUGAUUCGCUCACAAUGGGAGAAUCCCCAAAUCUCGUCCGCCAAGAAAUUUUCUUAACCAAUAUUAACACUGCAAUAAAAACGUUGGUGGAGCAUCUAGGUGUGGAAUCCGCAGUUACCUUGACAAAGAUCGAAUUGCUUGUGAGGACAUUUUCUCUCCACGCGUACAGUGUUGUUUUUCAGCCUGUGGAAUGGAGUCUGAUAGCGUUGAUUCUGAUAAAAAUGUUGAGUAUUCGUGAUGCGCAAAUAAAGGAGUUGUUUCAAUCGAAGGAGUUUAGUGGCUUUCUUCAAGCAACCGUUCUCUCAUUGCGUAGGGUGGAGAUUAUGAUCAAUGAUUUACUUAAAAGUAUUGAGGACAUUGAUAUGUUUUUGAUAAAUUAUUUAAAUGUAGAGCGCUGUUCAGAUGAGAAAUGAAUAAGUGUAUGGAAUAAUGUUUAAUGAUAACCAUUUUCAUUACCCA